AUGAAAUUCACUGCUGAUACGAGCAAGAAUGAAUUUCAAAUAGAAUAUCCAUCGAUUGGUGGAAGCGGUGGUGAAUGGAAAUUAAUAGAACAAGACUGUGCUGCUGAUCGAUACACAUUCGAAGAAGCGAUCACGCCUCCGACUAGCAUUACACGAGAUGGUGGUAGAAUCAUUAUUACUAAAGUUACCGAUGAUCAUAUGUCAUACAGUUAUUUUCGACUACCAACAUUUGAAACGGUGACAUCAUGGUCAACAUUACGACGGGAAACAUAA